ACCACAAUCGCUGAGAAAUGCUACACGAAGACCUUUCUUCAAAAUCUCAGUAAUCAUUUUCUCAAUUACUUCCUUCAUCUCCAAUUUCUUCAAAGAAAAUGGGCAGCGAAAUUCUGCAGCUUCACAUCUUCUUCUUCCCUUUCAUGGCUCAUGGCCACAUGAUACCAACUGUGGACAUGGCAAAGCUGUUCGCCUUGCACGGUGUCAAGACAACCAUCGUCACCACUCCUCUCAAUGCUCCUUUCUUCUCCAAAACAAUUGAAAGGAGCAAGAAUUCUGGUGUUGAUGUGGAUAUCAAAAUCAUCAAGUUCCCUUCUGCUCAAGUUGGAUUACCGGAAGGAUUUGAGAGCCUGGAGCCAUCCAAAGGAAUGGGGAUGGAUGUGAUAAGCAAAUUUUUCUUGGCAACAUCUUUGCUCCAAGAACCCCUUGAGCAGCUGCUUCAAGAAUUCAAACCGGAUUGCUUGGUUGCUGAUAUGUUCUUCCCUUGGGCUACUGAUGCUGCGAAGAAGUUUGAAAUUCCCAGGUUGGUGUUUCAUGGAACUAGCUUCUUUUCAUUGUGCGUAACAGAGUGUUUGAGACAAUAUGAGCCGCACAAGAAAGUUGAGUCAGAUGAUGAACCAUUUGUGGUGCCAAAUCUUCCUGGUGACAUUGAGUUGACGAGGAAGAAGCUACCAGACUUCAUGAUGCAGGAAAUUGAAACCGACUUCACCAAGAUGUUGAAAGCAUCCAGAGAAUCAGAGAUGAAAACCAACGGGGUGGUUGUUAACAGUUUUUAUGAAUUGGAGGCGAGUUAUGCUGAUUUUUAUAGGAAUUUUUUGGGAAGAAAGGCAUGGCACAUUGGCCCUGUUUCGCUCUGCAACAGGAGAAUUGAAGAUAAAGCAGAGAGGGGGAAGAAAGCAUCCAUUGAUGAACACGAGUGCUUGAAGUGGCUUGAUUCAAAAAAACCCAAUUCGGUGGUUUACGUUUGUUUUGGAAGUACGGUCAACUUCACUUCAGCCCAAUUGAAGGAGAUUGCAAUGGGGCUCGAAGAUUCAGGACAAGAGUUCAUUUGGGUGGUUAGGUUAGACAAAGGCAAUGAAGAAGAGGAAUGGUUACCCGAAGGGUUCGAGGAGAGAACGAAAGGGAAAGGCUUGAUAAUAAGAGGAUGGGCGCCACAGGUGCUGAUUCUGGAGCAUCCUGCAGUUGGAGGAUUUGUGACUCAUUGUGGGUGGAAUUCAACUUUGGAAGGUGUGUCUGCUGGCGUACCAAUGGUCACAUGGCCGAUCGCGGCAGAGCAAUUCUACAAUGAGAAGCUGGUGACUGAUGUUCUUAAGAUUGGAGUUUCUGUUGGGGUUAAGCGGUGGGUGAGGGUGGUGGGUGAUUUCGUGAACAGAGAUGCAGUAGGCAAAGUGGUGAAGGUAAUAAUGGUGGGAGAGAAAGCAGAGGAAAUGAGAAGUAGGGCAAAGGCACUUGGAGAAAUGGCAAAAAGGGCAGUUGAGAAAGAUGGUUCUUCUUACUCGGAUUUGAAUGCUUUGAUUCAGGAAUUGAGUCAGCGUCGUGGUCGUUGAACUAGGAAGAAAAAUAUCAACAGAAUUUAAUGGUUGUAGUCAUGAAGAUAUCGCAAAUGCUUUAAUUCGAGAACCAUGUCAAACAUGUAUUUUCUGUAACACACACAAAAACUUUAAUCGUCUAUGGUUUAACAAAUGUCAAACAUGUACUUUCUGUUGCGUGAUGUGCUCAUUCUCACGUUAGCGAGAAAGCAAGUUUAUGAUUGAUGUAAUAGAGUGACAAUAACAACCGUUACUAAUAACUUAAUUUGUAAUUUUUUUUCUUCAAAGAAGAUCAUUUAAUUAAUUGGGUGCAUGCGGUGGGCUAUUUAGAUAAGGGUAAUGCAUUGGUGGGGAGUGCAGGUGGUAUUGUCAAGGGAUAUACCAGCUGUUACGGGGAAGCUUGGCCGUAUUGGCAUUAAUUUAUUUUGUGGUUUUAGCGUGUGUGGGCGUAGAGAAAUUCAGUACUGUUUUGACAUUAAAGUAGAAGUGGGAGACAGCUCUUGGUUCUUAUUCAGAUCAAGACUUUUUCCUUGGGACUAAAGUUGUGUUUUUACUUUUCAAGAAUGGCGAUUUGAACCAAUUAAAGACUUUGUGCUACAUCAAUUAUGGACUACCGUAAGAAUCUGAAAGCUCUUCGCAAGAUUUCUACUGCCACUUUAUGACCAGCAACGAAAUGAGCAAGGGGAAUAGGAAACAACCUUGAGGACCCAAUUCCACGUGGUUUCGAGUUGCAUUUUUUAGUUCUUUAUGUGUUUAUUUGUUCUGUGGAAUUUUUUGAGUUCUGGUGCUUUAAGGUUUGGGGGAUUGGAAGCUUUUAUGUAUGCGCACCCAGUGCUCGAUGUAAUGCCCAAGAGAGGCGCAUUGUUUUGUUUGUGACAUAUUCUGGGUUUCCAUUUGCUAGACUUGGAAAUUAUCCUGAUUUAUUUCAGUUGUAAUUGGGGAGCUGUGUACAUGAGGUUGUAAUGGGUUGACGUAUCCUGUACCUUUUUACUAAAAGAUAUUUCUUUGC